AUGAAUAUGGUUGAUGUUCUAUAUUCACUUGUCGAUGUUACUCAACGGUAUAAUCAAUUAAUAUUUGAUCCAUUUUAUAUUCGUAAUCUUAAUCUGACCUCUAUGACAAUGAAAUCAUUUUAUGAUCGUAUUUAUUCAAUAGACUCUCAAGUUCUUGAUAGAAUUUGUAAAAAUAUUUUACCUCGAAUUUUUCAUCAAAUAAAUAAACUCAUUGUUGAACAAUACUCAAUGGAACGUGUUCUCUAUACGAUCAAAUAUCCUGAACUUUACUCAUUAACACUUAUGGAUUUUUCAGAAGAAGUUCUUUUCAAUUAUUUAACAAAUGCUCGAUCAACUCAUUGUACUUUUGAUUUAUCAUCAAUCAAUGCCAAAUCUUCAACAUUGACUACAUUGAAAAUUAAUGUAAAAACUUUCGAUAAUUGUCUUUAUCUACUUGAUGGACGUUUCAAUUGUUUAUCGACAUUGAUUAUAUAUGUAGAAAUAAUUUCAUCUACAUCAGGAACUAUUGAUAACAUAAAAAAACUUCCCAAAUUGAAACACUUCUCAUUAUUAACGUAUCGACAUAUAUUUUUAUAUGAUGAUCUAAUUAUUCCAUUACUUCAACGAAUGAUAAAUCUUGAAGAAUUGAUAUUAUAUUUGUCAAUAAUAAGAAAUAAUAAGAAUUAUAUUGAUGGUAAUCAAUUAUAUGAUGAUAUUCUUGUUUUUAUGCCACGAUUAAACAAAUUUAUUUUCAAUAUAUACACAAAUGUAGACAAGUCGAAUGUUGGAACUGUUUUUUCAUCAAAUGAAGAUAUUCAACAUAGUUUUAGAAGAAAAGAAUAUGGAUUAAUUAGUUCAUAUGUUGAAAAUUAUACAACAGAAAAUAUACGUAAUUGUCACAUCUAUUCAUUACCAUAUGAAUUCAAAAGUAGAUGCCACAUCUAUUCACUUCCAUAUCAAUUCAAGAAUCUUCUUCUUUUAAAUAAUUCAUUUCAAGGUGGCAUGUUUGAUAAUGUUCGAUCUCUGUUGUAUAUCAUAAAUGAAGAACCGCAAAAGAACAAGCAAGAAUCAUUACCUCCAGUCAAAUUUUCUCAUCUUAUUCAUCUUGGUCUUAACGGUUCUCAUACAGAUUAUGCUGAACAAUUUCUUGUUGAUAAACGUUGUGAUUUACCUUUCUUGUUAAGCCUUCUUAUUGACUAUGAAUCACUCGAUCUUGUCACAAACAAUUUUACAAAUGAUGCUACACGUCUCACUUGUAGUAAAUUGACCAGUCUUCAUCUAAAAAAACCGUUUGUACCUCCAAAAAUUUUUUAUGAAUACUUUCCUUUAUUGUAA